CGGCGCAACAAAAGCUUCGUUGACGUCAGGCGCGUCACACUUCAGUUUUCCAAGAUGGCGGAGGUGAGCGGGCUGAGGAACAGAAACUGCCUUAACUCUAGCCGUAAAAGCAGAGCCGAACAUGAAGAGUUGAGUGGGGUGGAAGAUGUCCCCAUUACCUUGAACAAGCAGAGGCCCCCUCCAGCCCGGCCCGAUGACCUUAAGAAUAAACUGCAUCCCAGGUCUAUUACUGUAAACUCACACAACACUGACAUCCCCUCGCCUGAUGAAGGGAUUGAGGAAGAAGAGCUUUUGCCAGAGGAGGACAAGCCCAGGCCGAUUCAAAUCGUCCUAACCAAUGAGGAGGAGCACAGCUUUGAGCUGGACGCCGCCGCUCUGGAGAAGAUCCUGCUGCAGGACCAUGUGAAGGACUUGAAUGUGGUCGUCGUGUCCGUGGCUGGAGCCUUUCGGAAGGGCAAAUCCUUCCUGCUGGACUUCAUGCUGCGCUACAUGCACAGUCAAUCCAACGAAUGUUGGAUGGGAGGCGAUGAUGAUCCCUUGACGGGGUUCAUCUGGAGGGGGGGCUGUGAAAGGGAGACCACAGGAAUUCAAGUCUGGAGUGAUGUCUUUGUGGUCGACAAGCCCGAUGGUACUAAGGUUGCUGUCCUCCUGGUUGACACUCAGGGAGCAUUUGAUAGUCAGUCCACUAUUAAGGACUGUGCGACCGUGUUCGCCCUUAGCACCAUGACCAGCUCCGUCCAGGUGUACAAUCUGUCCCAAAACGUACAGGAGGACGAUCUCCAGCAUUUGCAGCUCUUCACAGAAUAUGGCCGACUGGCAAUGGAAGAGAUUUACUUCAAACCUUUCCAGUCGCUGAUGUUCCUGAUCCGUGACUGGAGCUAUCCAUAUGAGCAUGAAUAUGGCCUGGAGGGAGGGAAGGCUUUUCUGGAAAAAAGACUGCAGGUUAAGCAGAACCAACACGAGGAGCUGCAGAAUGUGAGGAAGCACAUCCACUCCUGUUUCUCCAAAAUUGAAUGCUUCUUGCUGCCACAUCCUGGCCUCAAAGUGUCCACCAACCCCAAGUUCGAUGGCCGACUCAGAGAUAUCGAUGAGGACUUUAAGAAGGAGCUGGCCAAACUGGUGCCUCUCCUUUUGUCUCCUGAGCAUCUGGUAGAGAAGGAGAUCGGAGGAAACAAAGUCACCUGCAGAGAUCUGCUGGAGUACUUCAAGGCCUACAUAAAGAUCUACCAAGGUGAGGAGCUACCUCACCCAAAGUCCAUGCUGCAGGCAACUGCAGAGGCAAACAACCUGACUGCAGUGGCUGGAGCCAAAGACAUGUACAGCAAGAGCAUGGAGCAGAUCUGCGGAGGAGACAAACCCUACAUCGCCCCAGCUGACCUGGAACGCUGCCACGAGGAGUUCCGCCAGCACUCCAUCCACUUCUUCCGCUCGGUGAAGAAAAUGGGCGGCGAGGAGUUCUGCCAGCGCUACCAGAAUCAGCUGGAGUCUGAGCUGGACGAGACCUACUCGAGCUUCACCAAGCACAACGAUGGCAAAAACCUCUUCUACGCAGCCCGCACGCCUGCCACACUCUUCGCCGUCAUGUUUGUCACCUACGUGGUAUCAGGGGUGACGGGUUUCAUCGGCCUUAGCACCUUCGCCACACUGGCUAACCUGGUCAUGGGUGUGGCGCUGCUGUCUCUGUGCGCCUGGGCCUACGUGAAGUAUUCAGGAGAAUUUCGAGAGCUGGGAUUGCUGAUAGACCAGGUGGCUGAAACUCUCUGGGAACAGGUUUUGAAGCCACUCACUGAACAUUACAUGGAGGACAACGUCAGACAGACGGUGGUGAACUCCAUCAAAGCCAGCUUGACAGAACAGAGUUCCCAGAACACCAAGUUGAAGCCUCACUGACACAUCCCUGUGCCCCCUCCCACAAACCGUUUUCAUCUGCCUGUUCACCGUCCAGUCCUAGAUCUGUGGAAAUAGUUCAACACCAAAGCUGACCUUGUUUUUAUUUUUACUGUUCUGAUGCCCCCUCUAUCUGUCGAGGACCUGUGCAUCUACCCCAGCUCUUCAGCGCCCCCUAGUGCCUCACAACAAGAACUGCACAAAGGUGGCGGUUAUCUCCUCCUGCCAAACCCCCCCCCCCCCCUACACACACACACAAACACACACACAUUGCUGCUGGUAGUGAGCUGCACUCGCUUUAGGACAGAACUGUAUUUCAGGGAAAACUGACCUUUCUGUCAGCAGCUGCAGGCUGAACCGCUUCACAGUGCAUGUGCCGCCUUUUUCCUCUUUCACAGUGAGCGGCCGGCGAGCUGAUUCUCAGGUUUGAUCCGAACAAAAACUACAAGUGGAGCAGCCGUGGCCCAGAUUUAGACGCAUUUUAUGAUCCAAUUUUAGACUCAGGCUGCUUCUAGAUGAGACCAUGUCCAUGUCUCAGUGCGUCAAAAGCUGUUUGAGGGGUUGUUAUUAGAUUCUGAGGCUUUUGGAAUGACCUUCAGUGUCUCAUAGUGGACCUGCCAGUAUUUAUCCGCAUGCUGUCAGGAGCUUUUAAAGCUGAACAAGUUAAGAGUUUCUCAUUUCCAUGAAUGCUGGUUGAUUUCUUUAGAAUCAAUGUAUGUUUGUGAAUUGAAAGAACAAGUCCCCCCUUUCUUCAUCCUCAGUUUUCCGUCACAUCGAUCCAAGAUGAGAUAUAGAUGCUGUCAAAAAGCUCCGUUUGCACAGCUGUUUCCCUGUUCCACAUGUCAUUGUUGUUUUAAAGCCAACAGGCUGUUUUAUUCAUAUGAAAGCUGACAGACAGGAGAGCUGAAAGCCAUGUGCGCCCCGCCUCAGCAGGUGGGGUCGGGUCUUCCAGAUGCUGCAGAUAAAAAUGUCUUCUAUUGCACAUUAGAAACUGAGCCGAUCUGAGUGUAUCAAACUAAUCACUAAAUCUGUCUGAAGGUUUCUUUAUUGUUUUUUUUUUCCCUCUUAGACGUUCGUGUUCUGUAGGCGCUUCCUGUCAUCCCACAAAUCAGGAAUGUAUGUUGAUCGAAGUAUUUAAAUAAACUUUGUACCCAUUUUAUAGAGAAUCGGUUAAUGGCGGCUGUUUUUUUAACACAUGAGUCUAGUUUAUCAAAGAGGAAGUCGCUGCUGAAGACUUCCGUUAGUUUCUCCUGUUCAGAAGAAGCGUGAUGUGAAAACAUGUAUCCUUAUAGGACUUUUUUGGGGUUGCAGAUGUCUGCCUUUCAAAAUAAAACAUUUGGUAAUUUAUUUUUGAUUAAAAAGUUUACAUUAAGAAUAAACAAUUAGUAAAAGAAAAAA